AUUUAAUAUUUUCCCUUAACACAUCCACCAAAUAUAAUGAACGGAUGGAUGGCAAUUAACUAAAGUUGGAAUGAAUAACCAGAAAGUGUAUGUUGGUUGUUGAGCAAGGCCAGAUAAUGUGUUAUAGAAUUGUGGUUUUGUUUGGAGUGAAGGCAAGGCAUUGUAAAUUUGGGGAGAGGUUUUUUUAUAACAAUUGAAUCGAAUCAGAUUUUUGAACGGGUUUUGGAAUUUGUUGGAUCAUUUCGUUAGUGAAAUUCUUGAUGAAUUGGAACGGGAAGUUUUGAGAAUUAGUAAUCGGGAAGUAAAAAAAAUAUUUUAGGUGGAUCGAAGUAACUAUUAGAGUUGCUUUGCAACAAUAAAACAAACUGUAUUCAGACGAGGAGAAACUUAUCAAAAUAGAAGAAACUACUCUCAGUUGGAAUUUUAAAAUUAUACAGUUUUGAAAUACAAGCAGUGAUAAUGUCGUCGUGAAAGCUUGACAAGUUUGUAUGGUGAGGAAAAUAAUUUAGAAUCAUUCUUGUUAUCCGGCCUGGUGAAUCAUCUUCGGAAAAGAAGAAGAGGGAAGAUGAGUUGACGGGACGAGUUCAACAAAUUUCGGAAUGGUUCUUGCGACAGAGUCGAUGUCAGAAGCAGCAGGAAGUGGUGUAAGCAUCAAAUCUACUGUUGGGAUGAGUAAUGUGGGAGGAGGUGGAGGACAAAGCGUGUCUUCGUCAAUAUCGUCAAAAAUGAUGCUGCAGAAUCGAGUCUUCUCAAUGACUCCGAAAGAACUCUCUGAUAACGAUGAUCUCGCCACGGCAAUUGUGUUAGAUCCCGUCCUAGGAUUCAAUACACACAAAAUGUGUCUAAGAUAUUACCCACCGUACAAAACGCCGGAAAGUGCACAGACUUUGAAGAAUAUUAUAGAAAAGUUUAGUGAUCAUCAAAAUCAAGAUGUGGCAAUGAACGAAUUGAUAGAAGGAGGUUUCCUCCGUAAAUUCUUGAAAAACAAGACACCAGAGCAAACAGUGGCUGUCCAAGAACAUGUACGGAGGUACAUUCGAGUAUUUCAUAGAGAGGCAGGAUUCCAAAUAGUUCCGUGUUACCGAUACAGCAUGGAAGGAAAACAGGGUGCAAGAAUUUGCUCCACUCGUAAAUGGUCAAAGAAGGAUUCAAUUCCCUUCCUUGUCGGCUGUAUCGCAGAACUGAAUGAAGCUGAAGAGUCCCAACUGCUUGUUGCUGGAAAGAACGACUUUUCAGUCAUGUAUUCCUGCCGGAAAAAUUGCGCCCAAUUGUGGCUAGGACCGGCCGCUUUCAUCAAUCAUGACUGUAGACCCAAUUGCAAAUUGAUGGCCACUGGUCGAGAUACGGCAUGUGUUGUUGCGCUUAGGGACAUUAAUGACGGAGAAGAAAUUACCUGUGCAUACGGAAGCGACUUUUUUGGAGACAAAAACUGUCAUUGUGAAUGUCGAACGUGCGAACGACGUGGCACAGGUGCUUUUUCGGCACUGAAAGAAAAGGGAACGGAAGAAAAGGGAUACCGUCUCCGAGAAACGGACAAUAGGCUGAAUAGGCGAAAAAACCUAGAGAAACAAGACUUUGAAACUCCAGUAAUUCCUGCUACUAGUGCACCAACCCCAAGUAUUGGUCAAAUCCCUAAAUGUUCUCAACAACUCCGAAAUUUAUCUCAAGGCACAUGUUCAAGUACAGUGUCGAAAUCGACUGAGCCGAUGAUCACAAGACGAGUUGCUAGCCCUGGAAAAGACCUUAGGCGACUCAAGAAAUCAUGUCAUAGAACUCGCUCGUCUUCUGAUGUCAAAUUACAAGCCGCAACUUCGUCAUCUGACCUUGUCAGUUUUAUCGUUGAGGAUUCUGGAUCCAAUUCAAGCUCAUCGAGCAAUCAAAGCGACUCUGGAAUUGAAUGCAGCAGUGGGUCUAGCACUUCCAGCAAUAGAAACAUUGGCGAUAUAUUCUCUCGAUAUUCAAACUCAAGACUUCAGCUGGCGGACAACAACUUUGGCAUUCAACUUCGGAGUCAUCGGGUUCUCAAGGAACCACUCCCCACACCAAGGGCCCAAGCUCGAUAUAAGAAAAGGUUAAGUACUGCUGAGGUUACUUCUACAACUGUUAAUAGUCGUGAUAAUUCGGACUUAAACUUAUUAAGAGAAUCGCAUUCAAGGUUUGGUCUCUCUGGUGAGGGAAAUUCUCAUAAGUCGACUAGGAGGUUGAGAAUGACUUUUAGGAUGAAACGGAGUAAUAUUCUUGACGAAGUGAUAGAAUCGGGUACCAAAUGCAAUGAAAAUGGUCGUGGUAGUGGUGAUGGUAAUGAUGGGGCGCGAAAACACUCCUCCUCCUCGGAGCUGGAGAACACCAGUGUAUUAUUUGAGCCCCAUUAUGAAAUUCUUCGUUGUGAAGCCAGUAGUCCGACACUUUCCAAUAAUUCUCCCAUUCGUAGUAGCCAUCCUGUUAGCAUCGACUCCGACUGUCAUACCACUACUGCUCGAAAAAAGAACAAGAAAAAGAGCAAAAAACGUAAACACAAGUCUAAGGACAAGGAUAGGGAAAAAAGGGACAGGGUCCAUGCAUCCGUGGUAGAAGAUAGCGUAGGUAUUAUUGCUCCUCCUCCCCCCUCAUUCAAUUUUGAAAGUGACGAACAAGACCCUGACAGCGAUGAUGAUGAUGACGUUGUUGGCGAAGCUGGUGGUCGUCGGGAGGGCGAUGACGAUGACAACAAUAACCAAAAGGUUAAGAAAGAAGGUCAUAUUGACGAUCUUGAUGAUUUUCUGGAUGGGCCUCCCGAUAGUAGACCAACAGUAUUGACAGCAUCCCCUGCACCCAGUGCCAGUUCAUCAUCAUCGUCCUCCUCAUCAAACCCACAGACGAAACGGUUAAAGUUGGUUAUUGGAAAUGAGGCCUGUACCAUCAUUGAUAUUCCCCCUACUGCAUUUCAGGGUCCGGUGGUUCACUGAUGAUAGUUUUAUACUACAUUUUACUACACCUUGUAUAAUGAAACUCAUCAUUCGUAUUCAUUGACUUUUCCUUAUCCAUAGAAAAUAUUUCUGUUGUGACCUCAAUGCAUCCUCUCUCGUUUGACUUAUUAUGUAUAUACACCACAUUAUAAUCUUCGAUAUAUAUAUAUAUUUAAAUAUGUAUAUUGUGGUUGACUUUCCUCACAUUGCAUACGUAAAGAUGCUCAGUUAGUUAGUUAGGUACUUAGUUAGAUAUAGUAAAGUUGUAGUAUUAUAGUACAGUGUAGAUUAAAAUGGGCAGUAAAAAAAAUCGAUGUAGAAAACUUAGCUUUAUAUUGUAACCCAUGAUCAGAUCUGAAGCUGCAAUUGCACACAAAAAUCAUCUCAUUAACUAACAAUAUUAGUUAAUCACAUAUUAUGUGAUGAUUUCCAAAAGUGAAUACGAAAACAGGAAAAAGCGCAUAAUACAGGAGGGAGUAAACAAAACUAACUAUUUGUUAAGAACUUAUCUCAUGUGGAUAGACUGAUUAGUGUUCUCAUCUCAACACCGGAUAAUCGCAUUACGUCGUCGUCGCGCGUUGGUUAAUUUAGAAUAAUAUAAUUCUUAUACUAUUAUGCUUAUACUUGAAGGAAGGAUGAUUUCUUUGGGGAAAAUUUAGUGAACCGGGGGAUCAGAUGGUAUAACUGAUACGUGAUUAUGACCAAACUCUUACUGACCAUGUUUGUAUCUUUUUUUUCAGCUAAAUGCAUAUUUAUCUGAUCCAUAUUUCUCCAGAGAAUUGUCUCCAAAUUUAAAUAUGCAAGUCUGUACUUUCACAUUGUAUGUGAGCCUUAAAUUUUUGUAUUUCAAUUUUGUUUCAAUUAAUAAUUUGUUUGAAUUUGUUUCUAUUUAUGUCACUUAAUUUGAUGUUUGCUUCUACAGAAAAUAAAUUGCUUUUUAUCUAAAUAUCCAUAUUUAUUUGUGGGGAUGACCACAAACAAUGGCUGACAUUAGACUGUUAUCUUAUUAUUCUAGCUCAAUGUGUUUUACUGUAUUUAUUUAAUUCGACUUUUGCCAUAAUAAGUAGAUAUGUAUUUAAUUAAUUGCCAUCAGGAAAUGUUCCUCAUUGUUGAAAUGCUUUAUAAAUUAUUAUAAAACAAAGUGGGAAAUAUUGUUACAUAUUUAGUACUUUGAUAAUUUGUGGAAAUACUAAAACUUACACUAUAUACCGCUAAUACGUCGUAACCCAAGUUUGAAAACAAGUAUAUGGAAAUUUUCAAAUAUGUAUUAGGAAUUUUUCCCUACCUCAAGAUGAACUGAAUGUCAUAAUAUUUCUCAUGUAAUUACUGUGCUUGUCCAAAGCAUAAUAAUUUUGAGCCCUGUUGAACACUAACCUACCCGUUGUCCAUGUUCGAAAAAUAUCAAAGUCUAACAUUAAUGCAAAACAGGUUUAAUUCUCGGUUAACUAAAAUUAAUUAUUAUUAUUGUUACCACGCUCUACUUUUAUAUCGCUGUCCAGUUAUUUCCAUGCCUCUUUACUGAGUAUGUACGACGACCUAUACUUGUAUAAAUCGCAUAAUAAUAAUAAUAAUACAUAAUAACAUGGAGAAAGCUGUUGUAGAUUUUCUAUGUAUCGAAGAACGAACCCGAUUUGCUCUCUAUACUUGUUAAAUCGGUUUACGAAUAUGAACUGCAAGAUGGAAAUUGUUGUAUUAAGUUAUGAUGGCUUGUUUUUGUGUGUCACCAAAAUGUGAUUCAAAUUUAAAUCGUAUCUUCUUAUAAUAAAGUGUUUUAUUUCCAUAGAAAA